CAGCCAUGUCGACGUCCUCGCACGACGACACGAUCAAGUCGAACCUCGAGGUUGCGGGCAACGUCGAGCGCGAGCGCGCGCACACAGCGUUCCUGCCCACGGCGCACAACGCCGUUCCCGAGCCUCAGACGACGGGCGGGAACGUCGCUCCUCCAGCCUAUGCCGUCGAGACGCAGAAGGGCGUCCUCAAAGUCGAGAGCGUCAACCGUGUUUGGGGCCGCAACUCGAAGAUCGUGCUCUUCGUGAGCAUCGCGCUCGCCGCCUACAUCUAUUCGCUCGAGGGCUCGACGACGUGGCAGUACGCGGCAUACGCGACUUCUUCCUUCGCCCAGCACUCGCUCCUCGGCGCCAUCGCGACGGCCCAGGCCAUCAUCCUCGCCGUCACCAAGCCCUUCUCGGCCAAGUUUGCCGACGUGUUUGGCCGCGCCGAGGCGCUCACGAUGAGCGUCGUCUUCUACACGGUCGGCUUCAUCAUCAUCGCCGCGUGCAGCAACGUGCACACCUACGCCGCCGGCGCCGUCAUCUACUACGUCGGCUAUGCGUCGCUCCAGAUCCUGAUCCAGAUCGUCAUCGCUGACUGCACGAACCUGCGGUGGCGUGGCCUCAUGUCGUCGCUCGUGUCGAUUUGGUACUUCAUCAACGCGUUCGUCUCGGGCAACAUCGCCCAGGGCAUCCUCAAGCCGCACCUGAACGACGAGGGCAUCCUCGUCACGGACAACUGGCGCUACGGCUACGUCGUCUUCAUCAUCCUCAUCCCGGUCGUGUGUGCGCCCAUCAUCGGCACCCUCGCUUGGGCGCAGCGUCGUGCCUCGAAGCUCGGCCUCGACUCGACCGACCUUCUCGAGACGACCGGUGGCACUGCGGCCCAGGCCAAGGACACGCGCUCGCUCGGCAAGCGCGCCCUCGGUUGGGCGCUCGACAUCGACGCCCUCGGCCUCGUCCUCUUCGGCGCCGGCUGGGCCUGCGUCCUCCUGCCGCUCACCCUCGUCAACAAGGGCAAGCUGUGGUGGGACUCGUACAAGAUCAUCACGCUCCUUGUCGUCGGCGGCGUCACCCUGAUCGUGUUCGUCAUCUUCGAGGCCCGCGUCGCCGUCAAGCCUCUCUUCCCGGCCCGCUUCUUCCGCAACCCGACCAUCAUGGUCGCCGCCUUCAUCGGUUUCUUCGACUUUGUCUCGUUCUACCUCCAGUUCACCUUCCUGUAUUCCUGGGUCACCGUCGUCAAGUCCGACUGGAGCGUCAGCGAGAUCGGCUACUUCACCCAGGCCCAGACGCUCGCGUUGACGUUGGGCGCGAUCGGCGCCGGGUUCUACCAGCUCAAGUUCCGCCGCACCAAGUGGCUCCUCGUCGUCGGCCUCUGCGUGCGCCUCCUUGGCGUCGGCCUCAUGAUCAAGAGCCGAGGCGCGCACGCCGGCACGUUCGAGAUCGUCAUCGUCCAGGUCCUCCAGGGCUUGGGCGGCGGCAUCGCGAGCGCGUCGUGCCAGCUCCUCGCCCAGGCGUCGAGCCCGCACCAGGACGUCGCCACCGUCACGGCGCUCGUCCUCCUCUUUGCCGAGAUCGGCAACGCCGUCGGCACCGCCCUGGCCUCGGCCAUCUGGCGCAACGACAUGCCCAACGAGCUCGCCAACCGCCUCUCGGGCCUCCUCAACUCGACCGAGAUCACGACGGUCUUCGGGUCCAUCACGACGGCCGUCACCUACAAGACGAGCAACCCGCCGGCGUACGAGGCCAUCAUCGAGUCGUACGCCGCCGUCAUGAGGACGCUCCUCAUCGCCGCGACCGCCAUCGCCGUCGUGCCAGUCGUCCUCGCCUUCUUCGCCAAGAACAUCUACCUCAGCGACACGCAGAACGCCGUCGAGGGAGACGACCUCGCAGGCCGCCCCGUCGCCGCCACCGACAAGGAGAAGGACCUCGAGGCCUGAGCGGCUCUCCCACCUCGUCCCUCCUCAACUUCGAGCGCCUUCCCUUUCUCUCUCUCUCUCUCUCCC